AUGGUCUACAGCGUCGCCCACCAUUUGUAUACUUGGUUUCGGCCCAUAUUUCAACCAGCUUCUCUGCUGACAUACUCCAUCGCUACGAUACCCUGUCUUUUGUAUCGAUCAUAUACUGUUGAAUAUCUCCCGAUUGCGCCGGAUCGUCAUGUCCGAGCUUUGAUCUUCAAAGCGGCUGGUGUUGGGAAAGGGAGAGCUCUCAGACCACUGCAUGUGAAUUUCCACUCUGGUGCAUUCAUCGGUGGCUUGCCAGAGGGUCAUGCGUAUUUCGACCAACUUGUAUCAGAAGAAACAGGGGCUGUUGUUCUUGAUGUUGACUAUCGUGUUGCGCCAGAACAUGUUUUCCCAGCAGCUAUCGACGACGCUGAUGCUAUAAUCAAGUGGCUACAAGAAAACGCCGAGGAGCGUUGGGGCGCAGAUCCAACUUUAAUGACCACGAGUGGUUUUUCAGCAGGAGGAAACUUGGCCUUCGCGGUCACUCAGCAGGAAGCCUGUCAGGCACCAUCUCCUACUGCUAUCAAGGCCAUCACAACUUUCUACGCUGCCAUUGACUUACGUCUGAGCCCCUGGGAGAAACCUCAUCCGGAUAACAUGCCCAAAAACGACCCUGCGAAACUCUUUUUGCCCCUUUUCGACGCAUAUGCAGCACCUGCGAGAGCAAAACACUUCGAAGACCCAAGGCUUAGUCCUGUGCUUUCAGAAAAGGAAUCGUUGCCAGACCGAAUUCUUCUUGUCGUUCCUGGUAUUGAUAUACUCGUCGCAGAACAGACUGAGUUUGCAGAGCGAAUCAAUAAAGAAGAUGGUGAAAUAGAAACUCAAAGAGUGGAGGUUUUACAUGAGGAAGAUUUAUUCCAUGGUUACUUGGAAGUUCCUGAUAUCGUGGUUAAGCGGAAUGUCAAGCAUCGUGCCUACGACAAAGCUAUUCAAGUUCUCCGAGAGACUCAUGAGAAGUAUAAUUGGACCUGGAACGUCUAG